CGCAGACGCUCCCUCUCCUCUCCCAUCACCGUCAGUGACCUCAGAGUCUGCAGCAGCAGCUCACACACAACUUGCGCUGGAGACCCGCUGAGCUCGAGCCCUGACUGGAACACACGGACACGGGCAGAGAUGGCCGCGAUCUUCGGGAAGAUCUUCGUGGGUGUUUACGUGGAGAUAAAGCGGAGCGACGGACGGAUACACCAGGCGAUGGUCACAUCGCUGCACGAGGACAACGACAGUGUGACAGUGGAGUGGAUCGAGAACGGGGACACCAAAGGGAAAGAGAUUGACCUGGAGAGCAUCUUCGCUCUGAAUCCAGAUGUUGUUCCUGAUGAGGAGAUACCACAGAGUCCUGAGGUUCCUCUUCCUCCUUCAAAUGUUGCCAAAACCAGCAAAGUCCCCAAGCCCAGACGGACUACAUCAAUACCAAAGCCUGAGAAUGCUCCACGGGAGAACAGAGCUGCAACAGUGGGAACCACCCGGGCCCGUCCCAGCCAGCACAACCAGGCUGCAGAGCCACCUCCACCAGCCAUCCCUCCCCAGUCUGCACUUAACCAGACCCUGCUUCAGCAGCAGAACGCACGGAAGAAAUCCAACUGUGUAAAGGAAGUGGAGAAACUACAGGAAAAACGAGAGAAGAGACGACUUCAGCAGCAAGAGCUGAGAGAGAAGAGAGCACAGGAGGUGGAUGUCAAUUUACCAAAUUAUGAAAUUAUGUGUAUGAUCAGAGACUUCAGAGCCAGUCUGGACUACAGGCCUUUAACAACUAACGAUCUGAUCGAGGAGCACAGGAUAUGUGUCUGUGUACGUGCACGUCCCCUCAACAAAAAAGAGAUAUCAGGGAAGGAUUUGGAUGUAAUCACCAUUCCUAGUAAGGACGUGGUGAUGGUCCAUGAGCCCAAGCAGAAAGUCGACCUGACCCGCUACUUGGAGAACCAAACUUUCCGAUUCGACUACGCCUUUGAUGAGAAUUCCACCAAUGAAAUGGUUUACAGAUUCACUGCUCAGCCGCUGGUCGAGACCAUUUUUGAGAGGGGGAUGGCGACUUGCUUUGCGUAUGGACAAACUGGAAGUGGGAAAACACAUACGAUGGGAGGUGACUUUUCAGGCAAGAACCAGGACUGUUCAAAAGGAAUCUACGCUUUGUCCGCCAGAGAUGUUUUUCUCAUGAUAAAGAAGCCAAAUUACAAGAAGUUGGAUCUGCAGGUCUUUGCCACAUUUUUUGAGAUUUACAGCGGGAAGGUGUUUGACUUACUCAACCGCAAGGCUAAGCUACGUGUCCUGGAGGACGGGAAGCAGCAGGUGCAGGUGGUGGGUCUGCAGGAGAAGGACGUGAAAUGUACGGAGGACGUCCUCAAACUGAUUGAAGUGGGAAACAGCUGCAGGACUUCUGGUCAGACCUCAGCGAACGCUCACUCCUCUCGGAGCCACGCUGUGUUUCAGAUCAUUCUGCGCCGACGGGGGAAGAUGCAUGGAAAGUUUUCCCUGAUUGACUUGGCUGGGAAUGAGAGAGGGGCAGACACCUCCAGCGCCGACCGCCAGACUCGCCUUGAAGGAGCCGAGAUCAACAAGAGCCUUCUGGCACUCAAGGAGUGUAUUCGAGCUCUGGGCCGAAACAAACCUCACACUCCUUUCCGAGCCAGCAAGUUAACCCAGGUGCUGAGGGACUCAUUCAUAGGGGAAAACUCCAGAACAUGCAUGAUAGCAACCAUCUCUCCUGGAAUGGCCUCUUGUGAAAACACCCUGAACACACUGAGAUACGCCAACAGGGUGAAGGAGUUUGGUAUCAGUCCCUCAGACAUUCCCUUCUCCCAGGGCGGGGGUGGAGGUUGUCGCUCUGAGCUCUCCCCGACUUAUGAGGUGAAGGAGCUCAUGGUGAAGCCCGCAGCAGCGAUGAAGAGCCAUCAGGGAGCACUCGUCAACCAGCUGGAGGUCCUCGAGGCGGCUCAGUGGGGAGUCGGCAGCUCUCCACAGAGAGACGACUUGAAGCUGCUCUGCGAACAGAACGAGGAAGAGGUUUCCCCGCAGCUCUUCUGUUUCCAUGAAGCCGUGUCUCAGCUGGUGGAGAUGGAGGAUCAGGUUCUGGAGGACCACCGGGUCGUGUUCCAGGAGUCUAUCCGCUGGCUGGAGGACGAGAAGGUGCUUUUGGAAAUGACAGAGGAAGUGGACUACGACGUCGACACAUAUGCAACUCAACUAGAGCAAAUACUGGACCAAAAGAUCGACAUUCUCACUGAGCUCAGAGAUAAAGUCAAGUCUUUCCGUUGUACACUCCAGGAAGAAGAGCAAGCUAGCAAGCAAAUAACCCCGAGGAGGCCUCGAGCACUGUAGACGCCCAUAAAACACAUGAUAUUCCACUGUAAUGUUGACUUGACCUGAGACGUUAUUUUAUGAUGUGUGUUUGGUUCCUCCUUCAACCUCUUUGCUGUACAGGCUGCCACCGCUUCCCCUCAUCCAUCCGUCCAUCUGUAAAACCAGUCUCUGCUCGCCUCCUGUGAAGUGUACUCACCACCCUUCUGUCAUGUGCAGUAAAGCACAAAAAAAAAGAUGAAUAACUAUUUGUUUUAAAUGAAUUUUUAUAGAUUUAAUCAUAUCUUAUCUUCACCGUGGCCAAUUUUAUAAACAGCUGUUGCCAUUUUGUGCAAUAUGUGGGGGAUCCUCCUCCUGUUCCCUGUGUUUCAGCUCAGGGGUGAACAGCACAUGUUGUGUUUGUGUACAGUCAAAUGAGCCAUUGUGUGUUUGUGUUGAUACUGUAUAGGUUUGACUGAGCCAAAAAAAAAAACACAAGACAGACCUUACAUUACAUGAAUCGACCUAAUGAGGGCGCUAUGUGAGUGUUCCACGACAUUUGCAACAUUAAAGAAAUAUAACUUAAUGUCGCUGCACUUGUUUUUAUUUAAGUUUAAACUCUCAUAAAAACUGUGGGCGGUGUGCAGGUGUGUUACAGACUCAGUGUAACACUUUACUUUUGCAUUUAUUUAUGGUAUAAAAAUAUGUAAUAAAUGGUUUAGAGCACUAUAAUAUUGAUUUCAAAUGUUUACUAAUGUACAGUACAUGUCAGAAAUGAUAACUUCUCCGAUGAGGAUGCAGUGUUUUUUAUCAUCAUAAUCCUUCAUUACAUGUUUAUACAGCAGCUUCUAUUUAUUGGAGUUAAAUACAUUAAUGAACGCUUUGAUUUGCUUUCAACUGCAAGUCAACAAUUACUGUUGUUUUCUAAGUUAUGACCUGCAAAGUAAAGUGUUACUACACUUUAUUCCUGAUGGUUACAGAGUUGUUGAGAGGUCGUGCAUUCACUUUGUGGAUGAAUGAAUUCAGUAUUUCUGUAAACUUUUGUUGGUCCAUGACUUGUGAGUCGAUUGUGUUUUUGACUAAAGAUUUGUUGAAUAAAUAAACGGUGGCUGAUA